AUGAACUUCUCAUACAAGAAAAAGUGGACGAUCACACUGGUGGCGUGUGCUUUUACUGGGAUAAUCGCUGCAGCGUCGGCCUCUUUUUCUAUGGGAUACCAGUCGAUGAUGCGGGACCUUAACUGCACUCAGUUCCAGGCCACUGUCGGGUUGAGCAUGUGGGCAAUCGGAUUUGGCACCGUUCCUCUAAUCACUUCAUCAUUUACGGAAGAAUUCGGUCGCCUGAAUAUAUACAUCGUCUCAUCGUUUGCAUUCAUGCUUACGGAAAUGAUGAUCGCCCUGUCACCGAACAUACAGAUCGUCAUGAUUGGGCGUCUGCUCGGGGGCGCAUUUGGCUCAACAGGUGCAACCUUGGUGGGCGGUUCAAUUGCUGACGUAUGGAAGCAACAUGAGCGUGGACAACCAAUGGCGUUCUUCGCUCUUGUUGCUGUUGCUGGAACAGGGCUUGGGCCUCUAAUCGCUGGUGUAAUCGAGUAUAAUCCCCGCCUUGGAUGGAGAUGGAUUCAGUGGGUCCAUGUUAUGUUUACAGGGGCUUAUUUCAUCUCUGUUGUGUUGUUCAUGAAAGAAACGCGCGCCACCAUAGUUUUGACUCGCCUGGCAAGCAAGAAGCGUAAAGAGACAGGAGAUGAUAGGUACCAAGCGAAAAUUGAAAAACAACACUUGAUCACUUUAAUCAAGAUUUCCUGCACACGACCAAUAUAUCUCUUGCUGACGGAGCCUAUCGUCCAGAGUUUCAGUUUAUGGAUCGGCUUUACAUGGGGCGUUGUCUUUGCCCUUGUAGAAUCUGUCUCCGAUAAUUUCCAGGCGGUCUACGGAUUUAACGUACAGGACACUGGAUUCGUCUUCAGCACCCUCAUAGUUGGAAGUUUCGUUGGAUACUUUGCCAACAUCUAUCAGGAGAACUUAUAUCAAAAACAUUAUUCUCGUAAACGUCAAGAAGCGCGUCUUUAUCUUCCUUGUGUUGCAGCAAUCUUCAUACCAACCGGGAUAUUCAUAUAUGCUUGGACAGCAAGACCGGACGUACACUGGAUAGCGCCAGCAAUCGGUAUCACCAUAUUCAUGUCCGGCGCAUUUGUGAUUUACAUGGUGGUCUUCUUGUACAUCGCAGAUUGCUAUGGGACAUACGCAUCAUCAGCCAUUGCAUGCCAGAGUCUAAGUCGAAAUCUUUCAACAGCAGCCUUUCCUCUUUUCACGACGCAGAUGUUUGCUGGUUUGACGCAUAGAUGGGGCCUGACGCUGUUCGGAUGCAUAGGUGCGGCGCUAGUGCCUAUUCCAUGGGUACUUUUCUUUUAUGGGUCUAGAAUUCGUGCUCGAAGCAAGGUGUCACGAAAAAUUCUAGAGGAAGAAGAGUUGCGAGAUAACAUGAAGAAGUGA